AUGAAUUCCAUCAACUUGUCAACAACCACUUUCACCUUUCUAGCCCCAUAUCUCUUCACCCUCGUUGUCUUCCUCCUUUUCUUGGAACAGAUCUCUUACUUGAAGAAGAGAAAAAACAUCCCAGGUACAGUUCUAGUGUUUCCAUUUCUUGGCAACGCAAUCUCAUUGGUCCGUCACCCUACAAGGUUCUGGGACCACCAGUCAUCUCUCGCCAAGUCAUCCCCAGCUGGCUUCUCCGCCAACUACAUCGUCGGCAGAUUCAUUCUCUUCAUCCGUGACUCUGAGCUCUCCCACAAGAUCUUCUCCAAUGUGCGCCCCGAUGCUUUUCACCUUGUGGGCCACCCUUUUGGCAAAAAGCUCUUUGGCGAACACAACCUCAUAUACAUGAUGGGACAAGAUCACAAAGAUCUCCGCCGUCGGAUCACUCCCAACUUCACUCCCAAAGCUCUCUCCACCUAUACUUCACUCCAGCAGAUUACUAUUCUCCACCAUCUACAAAAAUGGGAUCGACUUUCUUCGGGAAAAGCGAUUCCGCUUAGAUUUCUGGCUCGUGAUAUGAAUCUCGAAACUUCGCAGACUGUGUUUGUCGGGCCUUAUCUAGCCCCCGAGGUGCGCGAGAGGUUUAACGCCGAUUACAACUUCUUCAAUGUUGGCCUCAUGAAGCUGCCCUUCGAUUUUUUUGGCCUGGGUGCCUCAGGUGCCACACUGAUGCAGCCCAAGCUGCAUCAUAGUGCAGCAAACAAUGUAUCAACAGAGCAUCAGUGUACAUCAGAUCAAGCAAGACCCUUUGAUGAUGUAGCAGCAAGUGCCAAAGUAACAAAUGUGAAGAUUGAAGAGCUAACUACUUGUUUAACUAGUGAAUCUGGUAUAGCCCAGUUGAAGAGAAUUAAAAGUUGUGUAAAUAUGCCUAAACUACAGAAUAAGGAUGUAGUAUAG